GAUGUCGCACGGCUGGCAGGACAAAGUUGUUUUGAUCACGGGCGCCGCGAACGGUAUUGGCGAGGCCGUGGUGAGGCAGGUACUCAAUGAAGGUGCUAAGCACAUUGCCAUUCUCGACGUGGACGAGAAAUCCGGCGUGGCUCUCCAAGAUGAACUGAACUCGAAGCACGGGCCAGGCAAGACGAAGUUCCACCGCUGCGAUGUGACAAAAGACGAUCAGCUGUUUGCAGCGUUCGACUCACUGGUAAAGGAGCAAGGGAACAUAAAUGUGGUCAUCAACAAUGCGGCACUUAUGAAUGAUUCUCCUAAAGUUUACAAGAAGGAGAUUGAAAUUAAUGUGACUGCUCUUGUAACAAGCACAUUGAAAUCCUUGGAGUUGAUGCGGGUAGACGAAGGUGGGAAAGGGGGAACUGUCAUCAACAUCUCCUCAAUAGCUGGGCUGUCUCAGUCUCCUUUAAUACCCAUAUAUUUUGCUACCAAGUCAGCUGUUUUACAGUUCAGUAACUGUAUCGGGAAAGAAGAAUACUUCGCGCAAACAGGCGUUCGAGUAGUGACAGUAUGUUUUGGAGCUACAGCUACUGAGCUGGUCAGUCCGACCAAGCUGGGAUCCCUCGAUAAAAAUGUUACGCCAAAGUUCGUGUCUGAUGUGUUAGAAGAAAAAUUGCACAUUCAGAAGAUAGACUCGGCGGCGGCGGGCGUGGUAUCGGCGUACAAGCAAGCGGCCAGCGGCAGCACGUGGCUGGCCACACGCGACCUGCCUGUGAGAGACAUCACCAACAAUGUCGUCCGCGCCUACGAGAUUCUUGGCGAAUUCAACUAGUAUUACUGAACUAUAAGCAAUGUCCAGAGAAGAGGUGGCGGCGGCGUGCUGUGCACACGUUGACAACAUCGUCCGCGUUUACCAGAUCCUUGGCGAUUUCAACUUAUAGCAUUACUGUAGGUUUCAUACAUACAUACAUAAAAUCACGCCUGUAUCCCAUAAAGGGGUAGGCAGAGCACAUGAAACUACUCAAGUUUCAUUACCACUCUUGGCAAAUAAGGGGUUGAAAGAAAACGAAUCUGUGACAUUGCAGUGACAGGUUGCCAGCAUCUCGCCUACGCCACAAUUUAACGCAUAUCCCACAGUCAUCUUCUACGACAACCACGGGAAGAAAGGGGGUGGUGAAAUUCUUAAACCGUCACCGCACGGGCACUGUAGUAUUCAUAAUCUGCAAAGCGAAAAAGCGGCGGCGGGCGAGGUGUCGCCGUAAUACAAGCAAACAGCUAACGGCAGCCCGGACACGUCACAUCAGCGAUUAUCAUAUCACCAAAAAUGUCGGCCCCGCUUACCAGAUCCUGAGCCAAUUCAAUUAGACCAUUAAUCCUUUAAAUCGACAAAUAACAACAAAUGUGGCUUUCUAUCGCAGAAGGCCCUUAUGAUUCAAGUGCAAUAAGGACGUGUUGAUUAUGAUUUGAUAUUCUAACAUUAAGUUGAAUCAUGGGGACCUUUUACGAAUAGAGCUCCAAUAUUAUGAUAAGGCAAUCAUAAAAACUAGAACGUUCCUUUGCUAAUCCGCGAAUUGGUAAUGUGCAAGUCAAUCAGUGCUAACACUGCUAACCUGUUGUGCGUAAGUAAUUGUACGUAAGUAAUUGGUUAGCACUGAUUGACUUGCACGUUACCAAUUCGCGGAUUAGCAAAGGAACGUUCUAGUUUAUGAUUAACAUGGAUUUCCGCAAAGUAACGCCUGAUUCCAUCGAUUAUAAUAAGGCAAGUUUAUAUGAAUGAAAUAGAUAUUAAUUUUGUAUAUUUUAAUCAAGUUUAUUGUUAGGCUAAGCCCAGUACUCAAAAAAGGAUGAUAAUAAUAAAUAAAUGUAU